CAUGUCUGGGAAGCUGCGACCCCGCGUCUCCGAGAUGGGCCCGGGGCAGUCCGGCCGCCGCAGAGCGGGAACUUCCUGGGGACCCCCGGGAGUCUCCGUCAGAUGCGGGCCUUGCCCCCCAGCGCUGCGCCCCGCGCGCCAAGUCCCCGGCGGCAGCCAGAGCGCCGACGUCCAGGCGGAGGCCCCGGCCAGCAGCCGGCGGUUACAAGACCUCAGGCGGCGGCUGCUGCGCGCCGUCCAGCGGGGCGUGCCGCGCGGGCACUGGAGGCGCUCGCAGGUGCAGGCUGCGGCGGCGGCGGCGGCGGCGGCGCGGGAGCAGGAGGGUCGGGCGCGCGUCGAGAGCGCCCUGGCCGGGCUGCACGCCGAGCUGCUGGAAAUGCAUUUCCAAAAUCUGCAGCUGGCCAAAACUUUACUGGAUUUAGACAUCAAAAUGGAGCAAUUGAAAAAGGAGUAUGAAUUGGAAAUUGCAUCAGAAUUUCAAAGCUCAGAAGAUAAUGCUGGGAAUCUGGAAUAAGGAAAUGUACACUUGAAGAUCUGAACUCUAAAAAGAACAUAGACAACUCUGAAGCAACUCUGACAGUAACAUUAUGGAUGCUUUGCAUAAGAUUUUAGGGGCAAUCUGCAGAGCAAAAACUUAGAUACAAUGGGAGAGGGGAAAGAGAAAAUGGUGUUUUAUCAAGUUUUAACAUUAUUUUCUCAUUGUUUCGGCUCGGAACUCAAAGUGAAAAAAAAAACAAAAGUAUCAAAGAAUGCCUAUGGCCAGUUUCCAGCAUUCUAUCUUGUGCCACUUUAACUUUCCGGCAUUACUUGAACUUUCAGAAUCUGCACAUGUUUUUGUUUUUUUUGUUUUACUUAAUUAUUCUUGGUUUGUCUGUCCAUUUAGCUUUCAAUAUAUAUAUAUAUAUAUAUUUUUUUGGAGAAUUAUUUCUACCUAGAUUAAAACCAUACUCUUUGGGUAGAAUCUGCCAUUAAGGGUGCCCCACCUCCCUGGAUGCAGAUCACACAGACCAAGGAAUGUUGAGCAGCUUGUCCACGAGUUCUUGAACUAGAACUAAGGGAGUAGAUGAGUAUUCCCUGAAGAGAGAAGCUGUGGAAGAG